AUGUCCCGGAAACCACAAUACUCACUUGCUCGACUAAACGACUCUGUGCUAGGCGUAUGGGGUCUACUAUUGCCGCAAUCGGAGGGUUUGGACCACCUACUUCGACUGCUCUCAACCUGGAGCGGCACCGACAAAUUCUUCACGCUUCUCCAAUCCACAUGUAAAAUCCUGGUUCCUCUACUCCAUCUUCGCGCUCGCCUUCAGCAUCGCGCGGGUCUGAGCAGGGUGGCCACCAGCAGUGCUGCGACUGGGUUUAGUAAAUUUGCGAGCAUUAUAAGUGACUCUCAGAUGCUCGGGCGGUUUUGGGGUCUCCUUCAAAUCUUCCAAUGGCUGAUCUCCCUUGAACGGACCCAGCAACCCACUCGAAAUCUGCUAACAAUCGAGCGUCUUCAAGGCUGGUCAAUGCUCGGCUAUUACCCUCUUGAGCAUCUCAGCUAUCUCCGCACCCACGACGUUAUUCCCGCCUCCGUCUCCUCGCCAGUAUCUAUUUUUGACUCCACCGCAAAGCCAAUAUCCCUCGACUCAGGUUUUCUCUCACGUUGGUCUUGCCGCUUCUGGGCAUCUUAUAUCGUCCUCCAAUUCGCGCAUUUGCGUGAAGAUCGCCAAUUGUUACAAUUCCAACAACGCGCGUUACGCCGUAAAAGUCGAGGCACAGUCACUGCUGCAGAGAAACAGGAUCUGGCUCGAAAGUGGGAUGCAUACUUCAGUGGAUUGCUUGUGAAUGCCUGUAAUCUUCCACUUGCCCUCCAUUGGUCGAUAGACGGAGGCUUAAUCAAGAACUCGCUUGUCGUUGAUAUACUGUCCUUUAUUGCCGCAGUAGUAUCCUUCCGAACGGGAUGGAAAGCGACCGCGUUACCUUCCGUCUCUCCCCCAUUGCCAGACAUUUCCGAUUUGGCGGCCCCGCCGAUUGAGCACCCAGCGACGUAA